UAAUCGGUCUGUUAGCAGCAGGUUUUUUUUAUCUAAAAUAUUAACCAUCAGAAUUUUUUUUACCAGUACAAUUGUAAUUUUAAAUUCUUUUUAACACAAUAUCUACCGCUACGAAUAUACUUUUUCAUAUGUUCAAUUUAGAAUUUUACUAGUGGGAAUAUUUUUACAACAAACAUUUUUGCCAUACCACCUAAAGUAGAGGUUAUGGAUAGAUGUGGUUCUGGAUUAAAUGUUCCAACGACUUGCCAUACAGAGGAGUUUUGGUCGGCGUAUUUUUCCGAACUGCGUCAUUAAUCCAGCUUUAUCAGAAAUGGCUACACCCAGUAAAACAACUGCUCAGUGGAAAACGACAAUUAUAAUUAGUUCCUCCCUCCAGAACCACGACACCUGCAGGGCGCUCGGCGCACAGCAGCACAGAAUACGGUUUUCUGACAGCGUUGAAGCCGGAUCCUUCAUUUUCCCUCUUUCAGGUACUGCAUUUCUGCUGGUUGAUCCUCAGGACCUUCCAGAACCUUUGGAAGAAUCAGGACUUAUUGAGCGCAUAGAAACAUUUGUGCAAGUCCACAGGAACUGCUUUGUACUUGUCUAUACGCCCUUUAAUGGGGAAAAAGAACUGCAGGUUUUGACUCUGAUUCAGCACAGAUUUUUUGGGACCAAUCUGAAGAUCCUCCCUGUACGAAAUGGUGCACAAAUAGCAAAAGGAAUGCUGACAGUUGCCAAGGCUACCAGUAAACCACAUACUGACAAAAUCCGAGAGCGGAUGUCUCUGGCUCAGGCUCACAUCAUUGAGACCAGUCCUGUGUGGGAAAUGCUAAAAGACAUUUUAUAAACGCACCAGUAGGUGAUCCAGUUUGCUUUAUUUAACAUGACACAAGUUGAUACACAUCCUCUGGUAAAUAUACAAGCAUGUAUUAAGCAUAUGUAGUACUGAUGCAAACUGCUUUCUUUUCAUCUGUACUUGUGAAACUAAUUUCAGCUAAGGUAAAAUGCUAACUUUGGACCACAGCAGGCCUUCUUUUAUCAGUCAGACCAGUAAAAUAAAAUAAAUAAAAACUUCCCAGUGCCGUAAAA